CAGUGGCGACCAGAAGAGUGCGAACAUAGCAUGAAGUAAGAAGCGCCGAAUAAAACAUAGCGACGGCCUAGGUGAAAAGUGGAAAACCAAGCAAAAGAACCCUGUCCGCCUAAUGCACGCUCUUCUCCGUGGAUUUCUUUAAAACAAAACCACUUAAACGCAGACUAUCGCUGAACUUUGCUCCUUCAACAAACAAGAAAUACCCGCACUGCUAGCGCGAACACACAGGAAUCGGGUAACGGAAUCCAGCGGAACGGAAUCUGAAAGGAAUACUUGCUGAACUAAGCCCAGCUUACGCAGGACGAGAGGACGAAAGGCCAGCGCCGACCGCAAGUGCAUUGCCUCGAGCGGAGGACUCAGGAGGACUCAGAAGGACUCAAAGGGAACCAGCAGGAGCCACGCCCCCAGUGCCCCCAGUGCCCCCAGAGCGCCUAGAGCGACAGCCCAGAGAUGGCGGCCUUCAUAGCUAAGCAAAUGGUUGGAAACCAAUUAAGUGCCGUUAAAGAUGCUGCAGGCGGAGGUGACGGAGGCGACGAUGGCGACGACAAGGAAAAGGCAGAGGAGGAGGAGAGGGAGCGUCAGGAGGCCAUCAAGGAGGCCGAGGACCGGCGCAAGGAGAAGCACCGGAAAAUGGAGGAGGAGCGCGAGAAGAUGAGGCAGGACAUUCGCGAUAAGUACAACAUCAAAAAGAAGGAGGAGAUCGUGGAGGCGGCGCCCCAGGAAGAACCCAAUCCCCUGAUGAGGAAAAAGAAGACGCCCGAGGAACUCGCCGCCGAAGCGGAGCAGGAAGAGCUCGACGAUUUUACAAAACUGAAAAAUCAAAUAGAAACGCAAGUAAAUGAGCUAAAAACUCAAAUAGAGGGAAAAUGUGUCAUGCAGUGAUAUGUCAGUCAUCAUAAUAUGAAAAUACUUAAAUAUAAUGAAAAACGCAAAUAAUACCGAUAAUAACAUUUAACCCAUAAAUGGAAAUUGAUUUAACUCGACUUGAAAUUGGAUUUAUUAAUAUGAGAUCAGUUAAGUUAUAUUGGAAAGCAUAAACCAAACGAAGUUAGUCCAUUGCAAAGCUAGAGCCUAAAAUAACUUUAACCCGGCGGCCACUAAAGCCAAUUAAACGUUAAAUCCCGAAAUCGAUGACAGCUAUAAUCCGAAACGAAGCAGAUAUGCGAAAUGAAAAUGCGAACAGGACGGUGAACUCCUAAAGAAUUUUAAAGUAGCUAAAACAUAAACCAAGUUAUUUAAAGCCCAACUAUAGUGAAAGCCUUUAAUAAUAUUCAAAUCACUUUGCUUCGAUAAUAAUGUAAUAUACUCAAACCCAAUAUACAAUACAUAAUCGUUGUUUAGUUGAUAACAUACAAUAACAUAACGAUCUAAUGAAUAUAUCGAAUCGGCACGAUGGCGUUCGAUCCCAAAUAUAAAAACAUUAAUGAAAAAACCAAUAAAUAAUACAAAACCAAAAAAAAAAUGAAACCAAACCAAAAAAAAAUUAAGCGAAUGGUGCGACAGAGGAGGCUGCCGAAUCAUGUCGAACCGUCGAAGUAUGUUGCUGAAAUCACUUGGACUUGAAAUCCAUCUACUUAUAUUAGUAUGAGUGAACAAUGAGUACGAAUUAAAUCGGCGAAUAUGUUGAAAUUGUCAUUCAGAUAUAUAUAUAUACACCCGUUAUGUAUAUAUGUAAAUUUCAUGAAUUUAACCACGAGUAAAUUAUUAUACUUGCAAACGAAUUGACUGCAGAUACGUUGAAACUAUUGCUGAUUCUCCAAAUUGUUUACCAAAAACCAGAAACGAAAACCAUAAAAAUAAAUAAAAAAGUUUCAGUCAGUUUGUUUUUGAAAGUUCGAGAAAAAACAUCUUUAACAGCUGUUACAUUUUGUUUCUUUCUUAUACAAACAACAUACCCACACUACAAUUGAGAAUUUCAAACUCUUUGAGAUAAAUAUCUCUCUGAUUGAUGCUUCUGAAAUGUAAGUAAAUAAGAUUACUAUAUUCCUAUAUACCCCAACCUUACUGAAAUAUAACCCACAAUACCGGUCUUAAGUUUCUUAUCACCUUUGUUUGUAUUCAUACCGGUUAAGAUUUGAUCAAGUUACGGCUAUUCCGUAGGAGAUAUUGUACAACAAUAUAUAAAUCGAACAAAUAUAUAGCAGUAGCCAUUUAGACAAGGACAAUAGCUUAUAAGAGAUGCUAGGCAGUUCGAGAGCAUAAUGCUGUGAUACAUUUAGCAUACAUUUUUCACCGAUAGCCCACUGGCCUCCGAGCGGUUUCCAGAGCCCCAUAAACUGGAAGAGCACCCAAAUAAACAUGCAUGCAAGUCGGCUACAAGAAACAAAGACACAAUACCAUUCGACAUAUGUAUAUAAGUCUUUCCACCGAAUACCCUUUACAACGCUCAGACCAGGCCACCACCCCAUCCGUCGUCUGCUCUUUCAACUUUCCGCUUGUGAAGGGUAGGAACACACCUGAUUACAUGCCAACUCCACAUACCCCACAUUCUCGCACAUGGAGUCUUUUCAGUGCCACCAAAAUUGUAUAUACUUAUACGUGUGUCUUCAACGGAGACUUUCCAAGGUACAUAUCGCAUUAUCGUAUGCAUGGAUGUGCGUACUUCAAAACGAGCCGUUUCCGUUCUAAAUCGAGGAACUUGUCACGUCCGAAUGCACCGUUUUCUGAUCCCAGGUUUCCAUAGAGUGAUCUUAGAGAUGAUGAGAGGGGAUUUCUUUUUGCAUGCGAUUUGUGACGUGAACGGCUCUUGUGUGUGUUAUAAAUAUCAGCAUACAUACAUACUUCAUCCAAUCACGCACAUGUAUUAAAUUUACCACAUUUUCAAAAACAAUGCCCUCCCUGACUGUAAAAUCAACUAGUGGAACUUUUUAGCAACAACCCACAUAUUUUGUGAGUUUAGAUCAUGCGUGCCUAUUAGCAUAUCAUAUUGACUUUAUGCAUUCUUGCAGUCGGAAAGGACAUUUGCGUUCCGGGUAACCGGAUAUACAUAGACCCCAGUCGAAUACCUUUUUUAGUCAUAUUAAACCCAAUAAACUAAACUAAAUAUACAUAUAAUAAUAAAUGUUUUAAUCACACUGCAUUCUAUAUAUAUAUAUAUAUCUCUCUUUCUCUCUUUCUCUGUUGUCUCUCUCUUUCUCCUCUUUUGUUUUGAAACACUCUCUUUUAUAUCUUUAAUCUGCGCCACUUCUACUCUGCCUCAAAAUCUAUAUCUGAAAACAACUUGAACAACAUUUGCAACAACACGAAACAACAACAAAAUCGACUAUUAUAACAACAUCAACAACAAUUCUACCAAUUCUUCACAACUACGACUUGAUGGUCCCUCUUAGACAUGUACUCUCGGUGUUUUAUAAAAUAUCAUCAACAACAACAACAACAACAACCAGAACAACCAGAACAACAGCACAAGAAAACGCCUACAGCCAGUACAAGAACAACAUCAACAACAACAUCAACUACAUCUACUACCGAAGUAUCUAAAUGUGUACUACAUAUAAAAGAUGAACCAUGCUAUCGAAGCAAACAAUAGAAGCUAACAACAGAAUCAAGCCAACAUUUCCUACCAUAUUUCUGAACGUUGUGAACUAAUUUGGAUGUGGGUUACCGUUUAAUCACAGUCAUAUACCUACACACUCACUAGUCACUUGCAUUCAAACGGCUAUAUGGUGUUGUAAAUGUUAAACUUAUGUACAGAUCUAAUAAAUACCAACGAAACAUAUGUGCAACGUGCAUUAAUAGUUGCCUGCAAUGCGACGUUCUGUAUCUACGAUAAAGAGCUAACAUCCAAUUAGGUACAAAAUUCUUUGAAACUCAUGUCAAAUGGUCAGUUCAAGCUUCGCCCUGUAUAUCUUCUAUACAAAAUUCUCAAUUUCUUGUUUUGCACAUAUCGGUAAGGCAGCAAUAAACUUAAAAGGCCUAACGCCCCUCUCUGUCAACCUAAUAAAGCAAUCCUCUAGUGCCCCCUCGCUCCAUACAAAGUUAGGAACGAUCAAACUAAUGAACGAAUGCCUUAACGUGGCUCAGAUGACUAGACCAUGAGUAGCGAAUAGAUGAUGAUAAAAAAGGUGAUUCUACCAUAAGGAAAGGUACUUGCAAUCCCUAGCUUUGUUUCCCUUAUCCUUAACGCACUCCUGUUACUGAAUCGGGAUCCAGAUAUCCUAGCUAUGAUCUUUUCAAACUCGAAACUAGAAAAUCUAUUAAAGUAAUGGCUUUCUAAAUACUUAUAGAAAAUGUUUACCUAGAUUCUACUAUAUAUAUUCUGUUUUUCUCUCAGAUACUUAUAUGAAGUUGAAGGUCACUUAAUGGUUUAAUAUAUUGAAAAAACGAAAACGAUGAAAUACAACACAACUAAUUGAAACAUAUUAUUCAAUCAUAACCAAGUUUUUAACGUAAUCAUAAAUGUUUGAAAUGUGAAAUGGUUCAGCCGAUUUUAUUUAAUUUAUAAUUUGUUAACAUUAUGUUACCGUUAAUAUUACAGUAAUGAAAAUGUAAUUAUAUGUAUAUCAGAAAGUUCACGAAACCACAGAUAAUUAAACAUUAUUAUCUAUAUAUAUAUAUAUAUGUAUAUGUGUAACUUAAUAGGGAAAUGAAUUUAAUAGAGAAACAACAGACAAAAAUUAUAAAUAAUAAUGUUGAAAAGAAUACCAUUCAAGUCAUUAUUAGAUGUGAAAGAAGUUCUAUACACAACAAAGGAAUAAACAAAACAGAAACAAACAAGAACAAAAACAAAAACAAAAACAAAACAAAAAACUUAAGAAAAUCGUUAAUAGUUGAUUAAUUAUAUUGUUACUUUGAACAUUUAAUUAAAACAAACAAAAAACAAAAGAAGGUAUAAUAAAAAAGUAUAUAUGUAUAAAUAUAUAUGAGAAAACACAA